UCACUUUGGAUAGUCACCCUUUAGCUGUGUGUCAAACGAAUCCCAUUGAGUACCGAGUCAAUCACUAGAUUAUAGUUCCGACACUCUUCUGGGAAUUUACACCGACACACAUUUGCUACGCUUUCAAAUUCACCGAGAGAGAGAGGUUAGCAUGGACAUCGAACUGAGGAAUCGCAUGGCCCAAGUCGAACAGGACCUUUUGGCGGUUAUUGAAGAAUCCGAACGGAGAUUGGAAGCUAGACGAAUAAUACCGACAUUUCCAUGGCAUGUCAGACCCACGCUGCUCUAUCUAUUCAUGCAACUGUUUGCGGUGCUGGGGAGGAACGUCUGUGUGACCACCUACGUGGAGCGUGGAUGGAACGAGUACUUUGCCGGCUUCUCCAAUGCGUAUAUGCUGGAGAUUCCCGCACGGGAUGGCCGAAGGAUGGUUGGAUACCGCUGGCUCUCCAUGUCGCUAAUAUUCCGCGCAUCCAGAUCCACACCGUUUUAGGGAAGAUGAUGCCUUGCCGUGAAGUGAAUUCCAUUCCAUGGUUUUCAUUUUCUCUGCAAGCUUGUGAGUGUGUGUGUGUGACAUUUUGGCAGAAGUUCAACGGAAAAACGUUUGGCAGCACGACCAGAAAAUGAUAAGCCCGAAUAGCGCAAAAGAAAAGAAAACGAGUGAACACAGACAACGAAACGGUUCACUGGGUUAAAUAAAAAUUGAACAGAACAGAAAAAAGAGGAAAAUCA